AUGGGGACUGCAGUCUCCGAGCACGCGAUUGCAAAACCACACCGUCAAAGAGCGUCAAGAGCUUUUCGCGUGGCUCAGAAACCGCCACGACGCCAACCCCCUUCGCCCCCGGCGCCGUCAUUGGUGAUCUCCCACCUCCUACCUCCCCUGCUCCUUCUUCUACCUCGCUCUCAAUUCAUGGUGACCUGCUCCAGAGCUUCCCACUUCAACCUCAGACCGUUCUCUCUCCUUCUCACUCCCCGAAGUACGAGUCUGCGUUUGGCGCUUUUUAAAUUCAACUAUUCUCUGUGUCCGCCCAACAAGCGGAUAGUCUUCGCCUCCUUGCUCGGCGGACCAAACCGGAACUCCGGUUCUCGUUUCGCCAAGAAUGGCGGCGAAUGGAACCGGGAUGAAGCUGUUUGUGAUCGAGAACGGGGCGAAGGUCGGGACCGCGAGGUUCAGUGCGAAGUUGAAGUGAUUUCUUGGAGGGAACGCAGAAUCAAGGCCGAAAUAUUGGUUAAUGCCGAUGUGGAGUCGGUCUGGAAUGCCCUCACUGAUUAUGAGAAGCUUGCGGAUUUUAUCCCCAAUCUUGUUUGCAGUGGGAGAAUUCCCUGCCCACAUCCUGGAGGAAUAUGGCUAGAGCAGAGAGGCUUGCAACGGGCACUUUAUUGGCAUAUUGAAGCUCGUGUUGUUUUGGAUCUCCAAGAAUUUCCCAACUCAUUUAAUGAUCGUGAGCUCCACUUUUCUAUGGUUGAUGGUGAUUUUAAGAAGUUCGAAGGCAAAUGGUGCAUAAGAUCUGGUAAAAGGUCAACAACAACAAAUUUAUCAUAUGAAGUCAAUGUCAUACCAAGAUUCAACUUUCCAACCAUUUUCUUAGAAAGGAUCAUCAGAUCAGAUCUUCCAGUGAAUCUUCAGGCCUUGUCUAGUAGAGCUGAAAUAAUUUUUGAACAGAACUAUAAAAUGCCAAGUACAAAAUGCUUCUUAAGUACAACAUCUGCAGCUGUCCAUGUUUCCUCUGGAGUCAACUUGGAUGGUAAUGUGUGUGAGAAGGACAAAUUAUCUCUUGGAAAGUUCAAGAAGGAUAAUGCCAGCUCUAGUAUUGGCCCCUUGCAUCCAUCAGCUACUGAAUUGAGUACUCACUGGGGUAUAUUUGGAAAAUUUUGCAAACUUGAUAGGCAUUGUAUGGUGGAUGAAGUUCAUCUUCGAAGAUUUGAUGGACUAUUGGAAAAUGGAGGCGUGCAUCGCUGUGUUGUUGCUACCAUUACAGUAAAAGCUCCUGUUCGUGAAGUGUGGAAUGUCAUGACUGCUUAUGAAAGGCUUCCUGAGAUUGUUCCAAAUUUAGCUAUCAGCAAGAUUAUAUCGCGAGAAAACAACAAAGUGCGCAUUGUUCAGGAAGGAUGCAAGGGCCUGCUAUAUAUGGUCCUUCAUGCACGUGUUGUUCUAGAUUUGUGCGAACGUCUUGAGCAAGAAAUUAGCUUUGAGCAGGUUGAAGGAGAUUUUGAUGCGUUUCAAGGAAAAUGGCUCCUUGAGCAACUUGGAAAUCAUCACACCCUUUUAAAAUACAGUGUGGAGUCAAGAAUGCAUAAAGAUUCCUUUCUUUCUGAAGCUAUUAUGGAAGAGGUUAUAUAUGAAGAUCUCCCUUCAAACUUAUCUGCAAUUCGUGAUUAUAUUGAGGAAAAGGAGGCUGAAACCUCUUCGGAAACAUGUGAUGACAAGAAAAUAUCUGAGGAACAAAUUGCUUCAUCUGAUAAUGGCAGGGAUGCCAAUUGUAACAACUUAGCUGAGCAGCUCUUUGUUCAAAAUAAUUCAAGUCCAUCUAGGCAAAGACCCAGGGUUCCAGGCCUGCAGAGGGAUAUGAAAGUUCUCAAAUCGGAGAUCUUGGCAUUUAUCUCAGAACAUGGCCAGGAAGGAUUCAUGCCCAUGAGGAAACAACUUCGAAAGCAUGGCAGGGGGGAUAUUGAGAAUGCAAUUAAACAAAUGGGCGGUUUCACAAGGAUUGCAUCAUUGAUGAAUCUGUCCCUUGCUUACAAAUACCGCAAACCAAAGGGCUACUGGGACAACCUUGAGAAUUUGAAAGAAGAGAUAAGCCAAUUCCAGAAAAACUGGGGGAUGGACCCAUCAUUUAUGCCCAGCAGAAAAUCGUUUGAGCGUGCAGGGCGCUAUGACAUUGCACGUGCAUUGGAGAAAUGGGGAGGCCUUCUUGAAGUUUCACGUCUUCUAUCACUCAAGGUGAGGCACCGAAACAGAUGGGCAAACCUUGGAGAGAAGAAAUCUGAUAAUAUGGCAUCUAAUGAGGUAGAUGCUGAAGAAAAAGCACCAUGCAAAUCUUCUUUUCCUCAAGACAAACAUAAGUGGCUUAUGAAGCCGAACCAUUUGAACAUCAACUCGGAUUGAAUGAGAAUAAUAUUCAUCAAUCAAUUAUCCAUCUGUAAUUAUAUUUUACCAGCCUACCAAUAUGCUGUCCUCUUGCUCGUUGGAUAUUGCUGUAACUUGCCCAAUUGAUAAGUAAUGUUGUCACUUGGUUAACCUGUGGGGAGAAAGAGGCCUACUGGCCGGGAUUUGGACAUUUUUAUUUUACUGCCGACUUUAGAAAUACACGCACAAUGAACUGUUCAAUUAUCAAUGGCAGACAAGCAUUUCAAGGAGGGCAUUUGCAUGCUCUUGUUUGAACAAGCUAGAGUCCUACAUAAUCUAUCCCUCUUCUCCAUUUUGUUUGCUUUGGGAGAGACUAUAAGGGUAACUUGGGCUGAAUUGCAAGUUUUAGAGUGAUCAGUUUGGUCAGUGCGACAUCAGGGUUCGCACCUGUGGUUUUAGUAGCAUAAUCAAACACAUUUGGGUUUUUUUGUCGGCUCAUUGUAUGCUUCUAAUUUAUCUGAUACAAGUAGAAAAUAUAAAUUAUCAAAGGAAUCACUUAAUCUA